AUGAAGGUCAACAACAUCGACGAAAAUGAGCGGCGGCAGCUGGAGGCUGAACUUCACACGGAGAUUCUUCCUGGUACAGAGGUCAUGACAGAUGUUGGGGAGCAUCACUUUGUGAAAGGAGCACAUCGCCAGGUGCUGGUACCACAGCCCACCGACGACCCAAAUGACCCCCUGAACUGGUCCGCAUGGUGGAAAAUCGCAUGUAUCUCCGCAGCAGCCAUGGUUACCUUUACCCAAGGGUUCGGACCAUUGGCCCUAGCGCCCAUGUUCCCUGCGCUUAUUGAGGCAUUCGAUACGGAUUUGGCUGGUGCAGUCCAGUUCACUGGUGUUUGUAUCUUGGUGCUCGGAUUCAGUAACUUCAUCUGGGCUCCGAUCAGCACUUCGUUUGGUCGCCGUCCGGUCUAUCUUGCCUCUCAGCUGAUUAACAUCGGUACCUCAAUCUGGCGUGCGAAAUCUAACACAUAUGGCUCCUUCAUGGGUGCAUGCAUCGUCAACGGAAUUGGUGCGGGUCCCUCAGAGACCAUCAUGCCCGAAGUCAUCGCCGACAUUUUCUUCCUCCACGACCGUGGAAAGUGGAACACAUUGUACUGGGUUGUAUAUAUGGGCUCCCUCAUGGUAGGCCCCAUCGUAUCUGGAUCUAUGACUGGAACAGUUGGCUGGCGGAGUUUCUGGUGGCUCAACACCGCCAUUCUGGCCCUGUCAUUCCUCAUGGUCGUUUUCAUGUUCCCCGAAACACGAUUCCAGCGCGCCCUUCCCGUCAGCGCAGAGCAGACCUCCAGCGAAAAGAUUUCAUCUCCAGCACACUCUGACAAUGAUUCCACGUCCGCCGAAAAGACUGAUCCUAACCGUAUCCAACACGUCGCAACCGCCCAAUCUGUCCUUCCCGAAACCACAAAUAUCGAAAACACCGAAACAGCAGCCCGGGACCCUUACCUUGGCCGCGGUAAGCCUGCAAAGUGGCAGUGGAAGCUCCUCCAGCCCAACGCAAGUCCCUUCAAAUCUAUGGCCUUGGACCUUUGGCUCCCAUGGAAGCUUUUUGCCUUUCCCAUUAUCGAAUUCGCUUCCUUUGUCGCCAGUUGGAGUUGCUCUUCCUUCCUCGUCCUCAACCUCACGCAAUCCCAAGUCCUGGCUGCACCUCCCUACAACAUGAAGCCUAUGGUCGUUGGGUUCACAAACUUUGCUGUCAUGGUCGGAGCCUUUAUUGGUCUGUUCACCGCUGGUCCAUUGUCUGAUUGGGUCUCCGCGCGGUCCACGAGGCGGAAUAACGGUAUCCGUGAGCCAGAGAUGCGUUUGCCAGCCAUGAUUCCGUAUGUCAUCAUCAUGUUGAUCGGCAACAUCGUUGUCUCUCUCGGCUACGAGCGGAAGUGGCGCUGGGAAGUCAUUGUCAUUAUUGGAUAUACCUGCGCAGGCAUCCAGGUUGCUGCGCUUCCGGGUAUCGUGAGCACUUACGCAAUCGAUUCGUACAAACCUGUUGCGGGAAGCUUGAUGGUGGCAGUUACAGUGAACAAGAACCUUUGGGGAUAUGGAUUGGGCAAGUUCAUCACGCCAUGGACUAUUAGCGAUGGGUUCAUCUCACCAAUUAUGACGAACGCAGCGCUUAUCACGCUUUGGUGUCUUUUUGGCAUUUUGUUCUGGUGGAAGGGUAAGACGUUCCGCCGAUGGAGCAAGAACAGCAGCGUGCAUUCGCACGGUGCUUUGUAA